ACAGAAACAGUCAAAAUGGUUUACUUAUACGAUGGAGGAAUCUACGGAAUUAAAGGUGGAGACCAUGUGAAUGUAUUGGAACAAGACUCGGGCAUAUUCCCAGGUGCUCACAGUAACUCGAAAAUUUUUAACGUAGGAAGAGAUCCUGUUUACUGUAUCUUGAGAUAUGGCACAAAAAUUUCAUGGAUUGGAAACAUCACUAGUGCCGUGGUUCAGCCUGGAGAGACAAAAAUCUUGUCGAAUGGUGGACGUCCCUACUACGUAACUGGUGUGAAGAUGCAAAACGACACUAAUCAACGGGUAAUUGCUAGUGCUCAUUAUCAAAAUGGUGGCGGCGGUUAUUCACCAGGAGGAUUCGAAUUCGAUUUAAGCAUUAAUAAUGUUCUGAGGGAAUUGGUCGCCACUGGAAUCAAGUACGUACCAUAUGUGGGGGCUGGAUUGUCAUUCCUGGUGAAAACAUUUUGGCCUGAGCAUAAGAAAAGCGUCUGGGAACAAGUUAGGGAUAAUGUCAGCAUACUUGUUGACCAAAAAAUUCUAGACGCCAUAAAUGCCUUGUUGUCUGGUGAUAUUUCACAGUACAAGUCCAGAAUUCAAACUGUUGUUGAGGAGAUAGCAUCCAAGGGGAAUGCGUCUGUACAUUACAUGAAUAUUGCUCAAGAUUUAAUCGGAUUUGAGAACAAAUUUAUUUUCUCUCAAUCCCAUCCCGAUUAUAAAAAAAUCAACUACAGCUUGUUGCCCAUGUAUUCCUACGUGAUUCAUAUGAAACUGUUGUUUUACCUGAUUGGAGUGGAUCAGAGAGACAAGAUUGGCCUAUCAAAUGAAAAUGUAGAAGAUAUCAAGAAAUAUGCUAACAAAUUGUUAAAUGACAGCGACAAUGGAGCCUUCGCCUACAUCAAGAAGGUGUACAAAGAACAAGUGGACAAUUGCUACAAUACUGUCGAUGUGAGAGGUUUCUAUAACAGCAUGAUGUCAACCAGAUGUUAUGUAGCUAUAAAUGGACUAGAAUAUGUUCCAAUUUGGGACUUUAUGUUAAAAAAUCCCACCACCAAGGAUCCUAAAAUCUAUAACGACGCCAUCUCAUACUCCAUAUAUCACGGAAGACAAACGUCGGAUCUUGUAAAAGUAUCUUCACCAGAGGACCAGGCUGAACCUUUGACACCAAGGCUUAUCGGUGGAAAACGAAACAAAAUCAGAAGUGUUGUCGUUUAUAUUUGGCGCAUUAACAGUGGAAAAGGUCAACCAAAAAUUGGUGGUUUGAAGGUGAUCUUCGAAGAUGGCAAGGAAUAUAUGAUGGGUCAGUCCAAUAUCGAAAACAAAACUAUUGAAUGGAAUAACGCUAAAUUGGUAAAACUAUCGGUUUGGGGUCUUGGAGCUUUGGACCUGAUUACAUUCAAGUUUAGCGACGGCAGAGAAGAAACUGUGGGUACCAAUGAUGAUUCGAGGGGUGAAGUCACUCAUUUUGAGUUGGAAAAACAUCAUAUCGUCGGAUUGGUGCUGGCCAAUGACUUUUCUAGCACUGGUGGUCAAGCUAACAAUAUUGCUGUAUCUUACCAAUUGAAUUAUGAUUGAAAAUUUUGAAUUUUAUAUAAACUAUUCACCGUUCUUCAAUUUGCAAUAUAAUAAAACGUUUUAUUAUUAUA